CUGUGACCCCGCCCCUCAAACGCACUUACGCCAAUCACCGUCGCAUUGGGGCGGAACUUUUUUCAGCUACACUUACCGAUUACAAACAGUGGGGAAAUGGAGAGUCAAUGACAAGCUACAGCGGCCGUCGGAAACACUGAAGGGAGAUUGUAUCACCUAUUAUAACAGCAAAGGUCAAGUGUCGUCAGCCACAGUUGUGUCCUCUGCCGGGGAAAGGUCAUCUUCAGUUUGUAUCUAUGGUCCCUACUAAUGAUGAGCAUAUUCACAGUCCACAUAGGAAGUAAAGUAUAAUAGUCAGUUUGCAUCAUGACCAGGUAGCAGGUAAAAGCGAUGGGGUUUUUCCAAAAGCUUGGCCUCCUGCUCUGGAAGAACAUCACAUACCGCAGGAGGAACAAGAUCCAGCUGAUCAUUGAGCUCCUCUGGCCGCUCUUCCUCUUCGUCAUCCUCAUCGCUGUUCGCCAUUCACACCCGCCCUACAAACAGAGCCAAUGUCAUUUUCCCAACAAAGCUUUGCCUUCGGCAGGCACCUUGCCCUGGAUCCAGGGCAUUAUCUGCAACAUCAACAACCCCUGCUUCCACAGCCCGACCCCGGGGGAGAAAGUGGGACAAGUUGGCAACUUUGACAACUCCAUACUGUCUCGUCUCUUUGUGGAUGCCCAGACCGUUCUGUCCUACAGUGGAAACCAGAGAUUCCCCGGCUUUCAGGACCUGAGGGAUAGUGUCCAAAGGCUGGGAGAGAGACCUGGAGCCUGGCCAAAUCUUCCAGUAGGAGAAUACCUGAGAGCCAAUGAGACGUUUUCCUCCUUCCUCCUGACCAACGGCAGCCUGUCGCCUGUGACUGUGAGCCAGUUGCUAAAGGCUCGUCUCAAUUUUCAGGUUCUUUUGGCUGGAGCUGAGGUGCAGCUGAAGGACUUGGUGUGUAAUGCGAGCAUGCUGGGACGUUUUUUGACCGUGGACGGAGGAGAAGCAGCCAUGAAUGAUCUUCAGACUCAGCUGUGUAACGUGUCAGCUGACGUCCUGCAGGAGGCUGAACGCCUUUUCCUCUCUCAGCUCGAUUUGGCCAAGUUGUUAACGAGAGAACGUCUGAUGGCUAACGCCGCUAACCUCAGGGACAUCAGUCUGGCUGUCAUGUCCAUUUCCCAGGAGCUGGCUGUCCUCAUCGAUGAUUUCUCCUCUCUCUCCAGCUUCACGGAUAUGAGUGCAGCUCUCAGUCUUCUAUCUCCACCUAAUCGCUCGGCAAUGCCAAGAGAGAGUUUUCGUGCUUUUUCAAGGAUCAUGUGCGGUCACCCAGAGAUUGGUGGUGAGCGCAUCCCUUCACUCAACUGGUAUGAGGACAAUGACAUCAAGUCCUUCUUAGGAAAAAACGGCACCGAAGACACAGACCUGAACCGUGACAACAACACAACUCCAUUCUGUAAAAGUUUGAUCCAAGGCCUGGAGUCCAAUCCUCUGUCUCGGAUUGUGUGGCGAGGAAUAAAACCUCUGUUUAUUGGGAAACUUCUGUACACACCAGACACUCCUGCAGUUCAGCAAGUCAUGAAAGAGGUGAACAAGCCUUUUGAGGACCUGCAGAUCCUCCAGGAGCUGAAUGAAGCCUGGAUGGAAGUGGGACCGCGAGUCAAGCAUUACAUGGAGAACAGUUUGGAGAUUCAGCUACUGCAGGAUUUGUUGAGGCGGCCAGAGGUGGCAGUCCUGGUCAACCUGCGACUAGAAAACACGUCCUGGACGGCCUCACGGAUCGCACGUUUCCUGUCCACGCCCUCGCCAGACACCCCAAAGAGGCCCGGGGCUCCUCCUAACUGGCUGGACAUCUACAACAACCUCGGCCACACCAUCUCCACCCUCGCACAAGUCUCUGAGUGUUUCUCUCUGAACAAGCUGGAGGGGUUGGAGACUGAAGGUCAGAUGGUUGACAGGGCGUUAGAGCUACUAGAGGACCGGCAGUUUUGGGCAGGUGUUGUUUUCCUGCUUCCUAACUCCUCAUCCCCUGACCUGCCGCCCCAUGUUAAAUACAAAAUCCGAAUGGACAUUGAUGAUGUGACCCGGACCAACAAGAUCAAGGACAGGUUUUGGGACCCUGGUCCAGCAGCCGACCCUUUUAAUGACAUGCGCUACAUUUGGGGCGGCUUUGUGUACGUCCAGGACCUGGUGGAGAGAGCGGUGAGCCGCAUCCUGACCGGAGUUCAACAAACAACUGGCAUCUACAUCCAGCAGAUGCCCUACCCCUGCUAUGUGGAUGAUGUUUUCCUUCGAGUGCUGAACCGCUCUCUGCCACUCUUCAUGACGCUGGCCUGGAUCUACUCGGUGGCGAUGAUCAUUAAAGGAGUAGUGUACGAGAAGGAGGCGAGGCUGAAGGAAACCAUGAGGAUUAUGGGUCUGGGAACGGUAACGCUGUGGCUCAGCUGGUUCAUCAGCAGCAUCGUUCCUUUCCUGGUCUCUGCUGGGCUCCUCAUCGCUAUGUUAAAGGUGGGGGACAUCCUGCCAUACAGCGACCCACUUGUUGUGUUUUUCUUCCUGACGGCAUUUGCCACCGCCACCAUCAUGCAGUGUUUCCUCAUCAGUACCUUCUUCUCUAAAGCCAAUCUGGCUGCUGCAUGUGGAGGGCUGAUCUACUUCGGGCUUUACUUGCCGUACGUACUGUGUGUAGCCUGGAGAGACCGCCUCAACACCACCUACAAAGUCAUCGCUAGUUUUCUGUCCCCUGUGGCCUUUGGCUUCGGCUGUGAGUAUUUCUCUCAGUAUGAAGAGCAAGGCGUAGGAAUCCAGUGGUACAACCUCCACUCCAGCCCUGUGCAUGGAGACUCGUACAGCUUCACUACCUCUAUAGUCAUGCUUUAUGUGGACGCCUUCAUCUACGCCAUUGCAGCCUGGUACAUUGAAGCAGUGUUUCCAGGUGAAUAUGGGAUCCCCAGGCCCUGGUACUUCAUCUUCCAGAUCAACUACUGGGGAGGAAUUCCUCUGGAGGCGGGCAUGCCGAUCCCCCCCGCACCUACAGAACAGGAUGAAGAUCACAUUGAACCAGAGCCCGAUAACCUGAACCUGGGUGUGAGCAUCAGAAACCUGGUUAAAAUCUACAAGAAGGGAGCCAAACUGGCCGUCAAUCACCUCAACCUGAAGUUCUACGAAGGGCAGAUCACAUCCUUCCUCGGCCACAACGGAGCCGGCAAAACCACCACCAUAUCGGUCCUGACUGGCCUCUUCCCACCUACCUCGGGCACAGUCUACAUCAAGGGAAUGGACAUCCGCCAUGACAUGGACAUCAUCCGGAGGACACUGGGAGUUUGCCCACAGCACAAUGUCCUGUUUGACAUACUAACAGUGGAGGAGCAUGUGUGGUUUUAUGGGUGUCUGAAGGGUUUAUCGGAAGCAGAGGUGAAAGCUGAGCUGGACACUCUGCUGGAAGAUGUCGGCCUGUUGCACAAACGGCAUGAACAGACCAAAAACCUCUCUGGUGGCAUGCAGAGGAAGCUGUCCGUGGCGAUCGCGUUUGUCGGAGGUUCAAAAGUGGUUGUUCUGGAUGAGCCCACAGCAGGGGUUGAUCCUUACUCCCGCAGAGGGAUCUGGGAUUUGCUGCUCAAAUAUAGAAAAGACCGGACCAUCAUCCUCUCCACUCACUACAUGGAUGAGGCAGAGCUGCUUGGUGAUCGGAUCGCCAUCAUCUCUCAGGGGAAGCUGUGCUGCUAUGGUUCACCACUCUUCCUGAAAUCCCGCCUUGGAUCUGGCUACUACCUCACUGUGGUAAAGAGGGAAGGACUGGACACCAGCACUCCCAGCAGUACCAGUAUCUGCACCAGUACCAGCAACAGCAACAGCACCAGCAAGUUGCCUCCUCUCAAGGACAGUGAAUCAUCCAUGAGUGAAGACACCGGCCUGGGAAGUGAGGACAGCAGCUCAUACCUGGCGGCGUUGCUCUCCCUGGCACAGCAACACGUCCCUGGUGCGAGGCUGUCGGAGGAGUCAGGGCGCGAGGCGGUGCUCAACCUGCCGCAGACUGCUGCCAAGGACAGCAGCCUGGCCGUCUUCCUGUCCGAACUGGACCAAAGGAUGACCGAGCUGGGCAUCAGCAGCUACGGACUGUCAGACAGCACUCUGGAGGAGAUCUUUUUACGAGUGGCUGAGGAAACCGGAGUGGAUGCUGAACCAGGGCUGCAGGCUGAGUCUCCCGACGGGCAGCAGCCGUCAGCCGGGCAAAGAGUGGAGAGACAAGAUGCUGAAGAACCAGAGACAGGAAGGAAAAGGCUUCGUAAGCAAGAACCUCAAGAGACGGACCUGCUGAGUGGGGAUGGCCGAGGUGGCAUCCCGCUGACAGGCUGGUGGCUGACCUGGCAGCAGCUCAGGGCUCUCUUCAUUAAACGCUGGCUUUACGCUCGAAGGAGCCGCAGGGGCUUCUUUGCUCAGGUUGUCCUGCCGGCUGUGUUUGUGCUGAUCGCUCUGCUCUUCAGCCUCAUCGUUCCUCCGUUUGGGAAGUAUCCCUCUCUGCAGCUGGAGCCCUGGAUGUACGGAGAACAGUUCACAUUCUUCAGCAAUGAUGCACCUGGGAAUCCAGCCAUGGAGAACCUGCUGGAAGCUCUGUUGGACCAGCCAGGUUUUGGUACCAAAUGCAUGGAGAAAGAGGACAACAGCACGAUUGAUGGGUGUGAAAACAAGCAGGGGGGGCUGUUCAUGCGACCACAGGUGUCUUAUUCUACCUGGCAGAUGUUCAGCAGAGGCAACUGGAGCAGAAACCUACCGUCUCCUGAUUGUCAGUGUAGCACAGAGGACGUCCGGAGGAUGCUCCCUGACUGCCCGCAGGGUGCCGGUGGUCUACCGCCUCCACAGAUAAAGAGGCUGACUGGAGAUGUCCUCCAAAAUCUGACUAGUUAUGACAUCUCUGAUUACCUUGUUAAAACCUACUCUCAGAUCCUCAAGAAAAGCAUAAAAACCAAGAAGUGGGUAAAUGAAUUCAGAUACGGAGGUUUCUCCCUGGGGGGCAGCGCCACUCAGACGUUAUCUCCGGUGCAUCAUGUCCAAGACUCCAUCAUGGCCAUCAGGACUCAAUAUCCAGUUCCGCAGAACAGUUCACUGGAUCAUCUGCUAAACAGACUGCCAGAUUUUCUGGGAGGAUUGAACAGUCAGAGCAAUGUGAAGGUGUGGUACAAUAACAAGGGAUGGCAUUCAAUGGUGUCAUUCGUCAACGUGAUGAACAAUGGCCUGCUGAGAGCAAGUCUGGUCCCCGGUCCAGAGAGGAGAAAACAUGGCAUCACUGCAUACAACCACCCACUCAACCUCACUAAGGAACAACUCACAGAAAUGGCUAUGAUGACCACAUCAGUGGAUGUACUGGUUUCCAUCUGCGUGAUCUUUGCCAUGUCCUUUGUGCCAGCCAGCUUCGUCCUUUUCCUGAUUGAAGAGCGAGUCAGCAAAGCCAAACACCUUCAGUUUGUCAGCGGAGUCAAACCAAUCCUUUACUGGCUGGCCAACUUCACCUGGGACAUGUUGAACUACACCGUCCCAGCCACCAUGGUGGUGCUGAUCUUCAUCUGCUUCCAACAGCAGUCGUACGUCUCAGAGACCAACCUUCCUGCUCUCAUCCUGCUCCUCCUGCUCUACGGGUGGUCCAUCACCCCUCUGAUGUACCCAGCAUCCUUUCUGUUCUCCGUGCCCAGCACAGCCUACGUGGUCCUGACCUCCAUCAACCUCUUCAUCGGAAUCAACGGCAGCAUCGCCACCUUUGUCCUGGAGCUGUUUGUUGACGAGCAUCUGAACGAGGUGAACAGGAUCCUGAAGAAGGUGUUUCUUAUCUUCCCUCAUUUCUGCCUGGGACGAGGACUCAUUGACAUGGCCAAAAACCAGGCCAUGGCCGACGCCUUCCAGAGACUGGGUACGAAGCAGACUCUGGACCCUCUUCAGUGGGACUUUGUAGGGAAGAACCUGUUUGCGAUGGCAGUUGAGGGUGUUAUCUUCUUCAUCUUCACCAUACUGCUGCAGUACAAGUUCUUCAUUCAGUUCAGGCCGUGGUGGACCGAGCCUGAGGUACCUCCUCUUGGUCCGGAGGAUGAAGACGUGGCCAGGGAGAGAGAGAGGGUGAUAAGUGGCAAAGCCCAGUCAGACAUCCUCACCAUGAAAGACCUGAGCAAGGUUUAUAAAGCAGGCAAGAUGCCAGCAGUCGAUCGCCUCUGCCUCGGGAUUCCUCGUGGAGAGUGUUUUGGCCUGCUGGGGGUGAACGGAGCAGGAAAGACCUCCACCUUUCGCAUGCUGACCGGAGACACAACCGUCACCUACGGAGAGGCUUUCCUGGAUCACCACAGUGUGAUAACAGAGAUGGAGCGAGUGCACCAGCUGAUGGGUUACUGUCCGCAGUUUGACGCCAUAAGCGACCUGCUGACGGGUCGGGAACACCUGGAGCUGUACGCCCGCCUGCGGGGAGUGUCAGAGGAGUCUGUCGCCAAGGUGGCGCAGUGGGGCGUGAAGAAGCUGGGACUGACCCAGUACUCUGAGCGGGAGGCGGGAGGAUACAGCGGAGGCAACAAGAGAAAACUCUCUACUGCCAUCUCCCUCAUCGGGGCUCCGCCUGUUAUAUUCCUGGAUGAGCCCACCACUGGCAUGGACCCAAAAGCCAAAAGGUUUCUGUGGAACUGCAUCCUCAGUGUCACCAAAGAGGGGAGGGCUGUAGUCCUCACCUCACACAGUAUGGAGGAAUGUGAGGCUCUCUGCACCAGAAUGGCCAUCAUGGUGAACGGCAGAUUCCAGUGUCUUGGAUCUGUACAACACUUGAAGAACAGGUUUGGUGAUGGCUACACCAUUGUUCUCCGUCUGCUGGACAAUAAAUACGACCCGGACUCCUGCCCCAUCAGCAGCUACAUGCAGAGCUCUUUUCCCAGCAUCGAGCUGAAGGAGCGCCACCAGAGUGUGCUGCAGUUCCAGCUGCCCUCACACGCCUGCUGCCUGGCUCGAGUCUUCGAGGUGCUGGCCAACAACCAUGAGGAGUUGGGCAUCAUCGACUUCUCUGUUUCACAGACCACUCUGGACCAGGUGUUUGUCAACUUUGCCAAAGAGCAGAAGGAUGACGACAUCCUCUCAGAUGUUGUCAUCAGCAACAGUACAGUACAGACCAAACAGACCACUCUACACAGGGUUAACCCUCCCACCAUCCAACCACUGCCGCCAUUCACUCCCCCUCAGCCGAGCAAGAGCCCGCAGCAGCCCGCAAAAUCGUCUGGCAGUAAACACAACGAGGGUAAAUCAAAAAAGCCCAAAUCUGGCAAGAUCAAAUCUAAAGAAGGCAAAGCUAAUGGGGAGAAAAGCAGCAACAUGGCAAUGACAAAAAUACCUCAGAAAGAGGAAAAGGCUCAGAGGACGAGCCGGAGGGCCAGCGGCGGAUCAGACAGCAGUGCUGGUGGAGUUCAGGGAGAAACUAGUAAAUCAAGCAAAGCAGAGAGCUCCAGUAAAAAUCCUUCUGCACUCUUUAUAGUCGACGGCAACACACAGGACAGCUCACUGUGAACUGGACUGCUGCAACACAAGAGGUUUUUAUCACUUGCUGUACGUUCAUCUGAAUGUCUUUCAAAGCAACAAGGCACAGGGUUAGACGUUGAAAGAAUUGACUUUGAAAGUUACUGCAGGGGUAAAUGUUUCUCCCCUGAAAAAAAAAGUUGAGUAAUUAAAAAAAAAUGGCUUUGGUGCCUUGUUCACCUUGUUAACAUAUCUGUAGCUUUUAUACCCUUUUUUGGGUUCCUAAAUCUUACACUGUAUCAAUGUCAUCAAUCCAAAGUUAUAGAAAAUAUUAUGCAAGGCUCAACAUAAAAACAAGGGGUGGCGUUCCUCAGGGCUCAAUCAUUAGACCUCUCACAAUCUCAUCUUUACUUUGCAAAAGCACUUUAAAACAAAAGAGAAUGCUGCAAAUGCUCAAACAAUACCUGAAGUACAUUUGUUACAUGAAAUUGUUAAGAUGAAUUUAUGUAUCAAAGCAUUUAAGGGGUUGUUUCAUAACAAUAUUCAGUAUAUCUGUAUAGAAUUGUUACUUUAGGUUCAUUGUGAAAUACCUCUUAAAUACUAAAUGAUGAACUUGACAAGUGUUUUUUUUUUUAUCAAAAAUGUAUUUAGUCUUUUAUCUUUCAAAAAUAUUCUGGGUUUUUUUUUUUGGUGGGGGGGUGCGGUUUUGAAACCGAGGGUAUUUCAUAUGACCUUAUUUAAUCAGUAAGGCAUGUUUGCAACAAUCCAAAUUAAUCAUAUUUCAAAUCAAAUAAAUCUGAGAUCUAUAAUACAAACAACUAAAAAUAGGGUUCAGUCAGACCCACAAACACCAAACAUAACAAGAUUACCUUUAAUAAAGCUGGGUUUCCCUUUAUUAUUUUUUAGUUUCUUUCCUUAAACUGUAUUUCUCUUUUUUCUAUCAAUUCUAUCUUUCUACCAUUCUGUCACAGCAGCUGACUGAAUGUCCAAAGCAGGUUCUUACUGCACUGUUACAUAUUCAAAAGAUUGUUACAGAAGUUACUAAAGGCAUGAAACAAAUAUAACUCUUACAAGAUAAUAUGUGUAAAAAGGUUAAUGUAUUGAGAAGACUGAAAUUGUGCAGAAACAUAAAGAUGGAGUAAAAUGGUUGUGUCAUUUUGGAAUGAACGUCUUCACUACUGAAUGUAAUGUUAAUGUAUUAUGCUUGAAAAGUUCUACUUGAACAUUAAUUUAUCUGUGCAUCUACUAUAAGAUGUGCAUUAUAUACUGGAGAUAUGCUAGUAUAGGAAAGGAGAAACGGGUAUAUGUCUGUCGUGAAUGUCUUGUCCUGAAGGAAAAUAAAACUAUAUGGUUUCCUGUAUACUUUUUAAACAU